AUGACCGCGCUUGUAUAUAAUAAAGAGAGCCAGCGCUACACGAAAGAGCUACCGACCGAUAGAACCAACUACCUUCAAGCAUGGAAAUUGCUCGAGUCGUACAGCAAAAUCCCCGCUGAUAAAAUUGAUGCGCACGUCACCGAGAUUGUGACUUUCGCCAUCUUCCACUACCCCUGCAUUGGUCGCUGGCGUUUCCUCGACCUGUACAUCACCCAAGCUCCCGAGUACCCAGAAAUCAUCACGCGCCUCAAAUCUGGCGACAAACUUCUGGAUGUAGGGUGUUGUUUCGGGCAUAUUGUUCGCCAGCUGGUCUUCGAUGGAGCUCCAGCCCAGAACCUCGCUGGCACUGAUCUCCGUCCCGAGUUUGUAGAGCUAGGCUACGAGCUGUUCCGCGAUAAGGAGACUUUGACGUCUCAGUUCGUGACGGGCGAUGCGUUAGAUUCGGAGAAUAAGAGCUUGGAGGUCUUUGAUGGUAAAUUCGAUUUUGUGCAUGCGGCGAGCUUUUUCCACUUGUUUGGGUGGGAUGAUCAGGUCACGGCUGGAGUGAGAGUUGUGAAGUUCUUGAAGCCGGGUUCGAAGGCUAUUAUUUUGGGGAGACAGGUGGGCACUCGAAAGCCGGUGAGUUUAGAGGCCUAUAGGGCAAGUGGUGAAAGGAGGUAUCACCACAAUGUGGAGACGUUCCAAAAUAUGUGGGAUGAGAUUGGGGAGAAGACGGGGACGAAGUGGAAGGCGACUGGAGAGCUGUUUGAGAGGAAAGUGGGUGAAGAGGAUGAUGACGAGGUUCGAACGAUUCUAAGGUUUGCAGUGUUUAAGCUAGAUUGA